GAGCCGCCGGCCGACUUCAUCUGCCCGAUCACGACCGAGCUCAUGAGCGACCCGGUGAUGGCGGCGGACGGGCAUGCUUACGAGCGGUCGGCGAUUGAGCGCUGGCUCGCGACCAAGUCGACGAGCCCGAUGACGGGCGAGGAGCUCGAGCUCACUCGGCUCUUCCCCAACCACAUCCUGCGCAGGAUGAUCCGAGAGUGGCGAGAGGCGCAU